AAGCGUCAAAAGAUUAGAAUUCUUAGAGACGGCUCUCUCUCUCUCUCACACACACACAUAAAAUCCCGUUAAUUUUUCUCUUCCUUUCUCUGCCUCUGCCUCUCUGCUUUUCAUCUCUCCACUGGGCUUUGUCUGUUUACAGGGUUAGGAGAGAGAACUAGUGAAAUCUCUCUCUCUCUCUGAGUGGGUUUUCUCCCUCGUAGUCUCUCUGAAACCAUGAUUUUGGGCAAAGGAUCAAGGCAAUCAAACAAAGGGUCAAUGCAAUCAAACCUGGAGUCCUUUCUGGAUUGCACAACACCGGUGGUCCCAUCUCAAUUUCUACCCAAGAGUGAGAUUAGAAACCUUAAUAAGCUAUGGCAUCCUUGCGAGAGAGAGAAAGUUGAGUACUUCGCAUUGGCUGAUCUUUGGCGUAGUCUUGAUGAAUGGAGUGCUUAUGGGGUCGGAGUACCGAUCAAUUUGGACGGCGGCGAAACCCUGUUUCAGUACUAUGUGCCUUAUCUUUCUGCAAUACAAAUCUAUACAAGCAAUUCAUCCUUGAAUGGUUUAAGGGAGGAAACUGAAUCAGGGUCCGAGACAAGGGACUCUUUUAGCGAUUCGUUUAGCUAUGAAAGCGAGAGUGAAAAGCUCUCGAGAUGGGAUGGAAGUUCCUCCGAGGAAGUAGUAUUUGAGCCAGAUGGCCUCCUACAGCCGAAUGACCGGUUGGGUCACCUUUACUGUGAGUACUUUGAGAGAUCAACUCCUUAUGGAAGAGUUCCCCUGGUGGAGAAGAUCAGUGUAUUAUCUCGAAGAUACCCCGGAUUAAUGUCACUCAGAAGUGUAGAUCUUUCACCAGCUAGUUGGAUGGCAGUUUAUUGGUCCUUCUUUCUCUCUUUCCAGAUUUAUUUGAAAGACAUGCUAUUAAAUUUCUUAUUUUGAAAGAUCCUAUAAAUAAAUUGUGUUCUACACUUCUAAUGCCGUUUCAUAAUACUUGCAGACAAUAAUACUUCCACAAAAGCCAACUUAGCUAAUUUGUUGAUUUUACUUGUCCACAGGUAUCCAAUUUAUUACAUCCCCAUGGGAAGAAUUGUAAAGGGUUUGUCCACAUGCUUCCUCACAUUCCACACUCUUUCAUCAUCUUUUCAAGAUAUGGACCUUGAAACUGAGAUGGAGAGCCCUGAAAGAGGGAGAAAAGAAGGGGAAGACAUCUCUCUACCUCCAUUUGGUUUGGCCACUUAUAAGAUGCAAGGAACUGUGUGGGUCUCGGACAAGAGUGGUCCGGACCUGGACCAGCAGAGGCUGGUGUCACUUUUGAGCGUGGCAGAUUCGUGGCUAAAGCAGUUGAGGAUUCAACACCAUGACUUCAACUACUUCACGGGGAUUCGGCGUGGCUAACACCACCCCUCCUACUCCCCCCCAACCCUCCCCCUGAAAAACUUAAAAAUGCUCUUGAACUUCACCUAAUGGAUUACUGCUAGAAUCCCUCUUUUUUGGUCUUUGGUUUUGUGUUGUUUGGUUAGAGGCAGGUGAUCUUCAGUAUUGAGCUGUUUUCUGGCCCAUUGCAUCCUUGAGACUCUUUGAUGCCAAAGUUUCCUUUGGGUUUUGUAAAUUUUUUUCAGCAGAGAGAUGGGACAUGUUUAAGAGGCCAAAACACACACACAGAGAGAGAGAGAGAGAGAGAGAGAGAGA